AUGCAAUGUACAGAUAAUAAAAAUUCUGAAGAUUCAUUAGUUAAGGUUUUUUCUGAAGAAAUAGAUCUAAAUAAGUCGGAAAUAUCUAAAACUUUAGUGGAUGAAUCUGAACAAAAAGAAAUAGUAGAUUCUGCAUAUGAUAUUGUUCCAUUAGUAGAUUCUCUUUUAGAAGAAUUAGUAGUUGAAAGAGUAAUAAAUUUGAAACUCUUUCAGAGGAGAUUUUUUUUAAAAAUGAAUAAAAUAACGGAACAAUUAGAUACAUUGGAAAUAUCAAUAAACCAAAUGUUAGCAGAAAGUCGAGAGAAAGAAGAUUUAAUUGUUCAUAAAUAA